UGUCAUCAUGUUUCAUCAGUAUCGUGAUUUGUAAAUUUUCUCUUUUCUCCUAAUAUCACAUCAUCACAGCCCCACUAUUUUAUCAACUAUAUAAACCUAUGCUCAAUAGCAAAUUUUAUUUUUGUAUUCUCUUCACAAUUUUCUUCUAUUAGUAUAAAAUGGAGUUUCCACAUUUAGGAAAACAGUGUUCUGAACCCACCUGCAAAAGACUAGACUUUCUUCCAAUUAAGUGCGAUGCAUGCAACGAAAUUUUUUGUGGAGAUCAUUAUCAGUUCAGAAACCAUAAUUGCAGAAAUGUACACACUAAGGAUAACCAAGUGCCUGUUUGCCCACUUUGCAAUAAACCGAUACCAUUGAAAUAUGGGGAGUUGCCUGAUUUGAUAGUCGGAUCCCAUAUUGAUAAUGACUGCCAAUCAGAUCCUGCCACGAAUAGGAGGAAAGUUUUCAAUAAUAGGUGUUCAUUUAAAGGCUGUAAAGCAAAAGAGAUGGUACCAAUAGUGUGUAAAGAUUGCAAUCAGAAUUAUUGCUUAAAGCACAGAUUCCAAAAUGACCAUAAGUGCAUGGGAAAGAUGUCUGUCAGACAAACAAUUCAAAAUAAAUCUGUACUAUUGAGGCCGAAGGAGAAUAAAACAACAGCACAACCUGCAACUACUACCCCAAGCACUUUACAGGGCAACAUGAGUGAAGAUGAAGCAUUAGCUUUAGCCCUUUCUCUUUCUAUGAAUGAAAGCAAACCAAAAGAAAAGAGUCAAGAAGAAAUCGACUUUGAGCUGGCUCAACAACUUCAGCAGGAGUGGAAUCAGCCCUCUCAAACAAUGGUAGGAGGUUCUAGCAAUGGACGAGAGCGAUGCAGUGUUUCUUAGUUAAGCUUUAUUAAAUAAAACUUGUUAUUUGGAAUAAUGAUUCAGAAUAUUUACACUUGUUAAAAAUUGAUGACUAUGCCUUUCCAGUUUUAUGCAUUUAUUAACUUUAACAGUUGGUAAGUUUCACUUUAUCUAAUUACACAAAUUAUGGAAAUGUAAUACUUAGUACAAAAUAUAAUUUAUUUACACAUUA